UAAAUAUGUAUUGAAGAGAGUGUAAAAUGCGCGAUAUGAAGAUUAUGUAGUGACUGAUUCAAAUGUGUGUGAUUUCUAUUUAAUUUUUUUUUAGACUAGACUUAAAGCUUUAAAAGAAAUGUCAUUAAUUUCAUUACUCUCACUAUUGUCGACGCUAGUUAUCAUUGUAGCAUCACAAAAUAACGACGCCGCCGUCUAUUUCCCUGCCGAAGAUGGUGUUCAGCCAAUCCCCCAGACUGGACAACGGUUCCAGGCCGCCACGAUAAACGUUAAAGAUUUGGAAAAUCUACGAGGCACUAGUAAAUAUGAAAAAUACGUAGACGAUAUCAUAGCCAAAGGGAUAUCGAGACUUACAGUGCAGCUGAAUAAGUUGCUGAAAAAGCAGACGCAUAAUGCUGAAAAUGUGCUAUUUUCGCCCAUAAGUAUUACCAAUGCUCUAGCAUUGGUAUUGCUUGGUUCAAAUGGUAUAACGUUCAAACAAAUAUCCGGCUUUUGGGGUCUGGCAACUGGCAUUCCAGACAUUGACAAAAAAUCUCAAAUAGUCCACGAACAGUUUUCCAGAAUGCUCUACAAACUAAACAAAACUGCCGGCUUUCAGCUAGGCCAGGAAAUCAAUGUGGCUUCUGCGCUUUUUGUUCAGCAAGGAUACCCAAUUAGACCUGUCUACAGAUCUACAGCCGAAGAUCUCUACAGCAGCAGCAUAAUGAGCGUAGAUUUCGAAAACAACGCUCGUUUGGCUCAAAAGGAAAUUAACGAUUGGGUGGCCAAGAAAACCAAUCAGCGAAUCAAAAGUAUUUUGAAUCACGAGCCAUCUACUGAUACUAAAGUGGUACUUACCAGCGCCCUUUACUUCAAAGCCGAGUGGGAGCAUCAUUUUUAUGAUAGAAGUACCAAAAGACGUCCAUUCUACGUGGACGGUCGCAACUCGCCGACAACCGUCGAAGCUGACAUGAUGUCCAACGGAGGCGAAUUUCCCUACUACAAAGACACCCAGCUGGGCUGCGAAGUUCUGGGAUUGCCCUACAAAGGCAACAGGAGCACCAUGUACAUCAUCAUGCCUUUCGAAUCGAGCAAAGACAAACUGUACGAAUUCGAAUCGCGAAUAACCGAAGACGACCUCAACAAUCUCGUGUCCAAAACGCGUUACACUGAUGCGGUUUUGUUGUUUCCUCGAAUGAAAAUCGAAACUACUAUUGAUUUGAGGGAAUCGUUGAAAUUGAUGGGGGUGACUUCGUUGUUUGACCCGAAACAAGCCAACUUGGCUAUUUUGUCUUCUGGUCAUAAUCCCCAAAAUUUGACUAUUGGGAAUCGGCUUGGUACGACUACUUCACUGGACAAUAUACGACAACUCAUUAAUGAACAGUCUAGUGAUAAUAAUUUCCAAAAUCCUGGCUUGUAUGCUGAUGAAGUGAUUCAUAAGGUUUACAUGGACAUAACUGAAAAAGGUACAGAAGCUGCAGCAUCAACUUCAGUUAGUUUAACACGAGCUGGUAAAACCACCUUUAGAGUGGAUGUGCCAUUUAGUUUCUUUAUACGUCACGACGAAACUAAUACGAUUUUGUUUUGGGGUUCCGUCAUUAUUCCUAAUCCGUCCUAUAAGAAAUUGUAGACUAAUAGAAUUUUUUUAAUAAAUAACUUCAUUCUGUCAAUAGUGUUUUAUUAUUUACAAUACAAAUAAAUCAAAAAAAAAAUUAGUAAAAAUAUUAGUAAAAAUUCUUGCUUAAUUUACAGGAUUGGGCGACAAAUUACACAUUACAUCACUAGGAUAAUAAUAUUAAUAAAAAAAUAUCACAGCUUUUAUAUGUCAUAAAAACAACAAUCACACAAUCUAUUUCAUCUCUAAGGUAGCGUAAUAGCUACCAGAAAUUAGUCCAAAAACAGCUAAAACCAUUAUCGAAAUGUUCUUUACGAGACGCCAGUGGUACUUGCCCCAGCCCUCAUUCCAGUCAACUAAAAUAUCGAUAAGGGCUGGUACUAGGAGACCAAGAGUUGAGAAGAAAAUAGCACCGACAAAGUCGAUUAGGGAUCCCAAGUGUUCGCCUCCUGCUGCUGCAAUACCUGAAAAAAACAAUUUUUAUUAAGUAUUUUUAAAUUAAAGACUUUGCGGGGUGCCUGAAGGGCUCGAUCCUAAUUAUUAUCAAUUUAAUUUUAGUUUUUGCCGAACCCUUUAGGCAUAAAGUUGAUCCUUGAAAGCCUAAUUCUGUUCUAUUGUAAGUUGCUCUAAGAACUAGGCACCAAUUUGCUAUAUUUAAGAAAGUGCUUUGAACAUUGUGAAAAUAUGAUAAUUUUGAUCUUACAUUCAUGUGGAGCCCUUCAGGCAUGUCAGAAAGCCUAGACUUCUCAAUUAAAAUACCAAAUAUGACUCUUUUGACUUCAUCUUUCAAACUUUAGGACCACAAAUAGUAAUUUUCAAAUAAUGCGUGCCCUACGGGCACUUUGCUGUCCUUUAGAAGCAUAAUGAGUGUAUAAUUUGGCUGAAUUCGGAAAGGACCUGAUGUCACGUGCCCGAAGAUCUCAGCAUUAAGUUGGAAUACUGAUAUUUGCGAAAGUGUUUCGAAAUUUAGAAAAUUGGGAUAAUUUUGAUCCUAAAUUGUUAGAGGUUGAAGGAGUUAAAGUCCUUCGUGGAAGUCAAAAAACCUUAAGAAGCAUAUUUAGUGUUUCAACUGAUUUGUGAAAUGUUUGAAGGGCUCGGCACCAAUUUAAGUUCAAAAUUAUCCUAAUUUUCUGUAUGAAUAAAUAUUAAAUUAAACUAAUAAUUAUUUCUCAACAAACUUAAAGCAAUCAGAGGAAAUCAAGGGAAAAUCAUAAAGAACUUAGAGGAAAUCUUGAGGAAAUCAUGGGUAGAGGUAAUCCUAAGGGAAUCAGUCAAUUUCUAGAUCUAACGCAAGCGCAGUUUUCAAAAAUCUUUAUUAUUUGAUUGUGAUUGUAAGUUAUCAGAGGAUUGAUGUUUGAUCAUGUUGAGAGAUGUUUCUGUUUCGAUUUUGACGCUUUCUGUUCUCACGCUGUUAUUGAAAUCCUGAAUAAAUAUGUAGAAAAUUUGAUCGGCUUCAAUUUUAUCAAAAUCGGAUUGAAAUUGAGAAAGUUGUCAGGCAAAAUGUAAGUCAAUGUCGUACUAGGAAAAAAGUACUGAUGGCGAAAUUUGAUUUUUAGAUUUUGGAGCUGUGUUGCAAAUCAUACGACUACGUUGUCUAGAGAAUUCGAUUGGCUUGAAUUUGGGUCCAAUUUCAUGAAAAUCGGAUUGAAAUUGAGGAAGUUGUCAAACCAAAUGUGAGUCAAUGUCGUGUUAGGAAUAAAGUACUGAUGGCGAAAUUUGAUUUUUCGAUUCUGGAGCUGUGCUGGAAAUCAUGCGACUAGAUAAUGGUUUUAUAGAAAAUUUGAUCGGCGUGAAUUUGAGCCUAAUUUCAUCAAAAUCGGAUUGAAAUUGCGGAAGUUGUCAGACAAAAUAUGAGUCAAUGUCGUGAUGUUAAAGUUCUGAUCGCAAAUCUUGACUUUUCGAUUUUGAAGCUUCCCAAGAGUUGUAUUAGAAUCAUAAUGUCUUGGCUAUGAAUUUGUAGAAAAUUUGAUCGGCUUCAAUUUGGGCCUAAUUACAUGAAGGUCGGAUUGAAAUUAGGAAAGUUGUCAGACAAAAUGUAAGUCAGGUCAUUUUAGAUAAAGUUCUGGUUGAGAAUCUUGAUUUUUCGAUUUUGAAGUUUUCUAUGAGCUGUAUUGGGAUUAUCACAAAGUAAUGGAAUUAUAGAAAAUUCGAUCAUCUUGAAUUUGGGCUUAAUUUCAUCAAAAUCGGAUUGAAAUUGAAGAAGUCAGACAAAAUGUGAGUCGUGAUAAAUCAAGUUCUGAUCGCAAAUCUCGAUUUUGAAGUUUAACUCUUGAUAUUAGAAUCCUGUUUUGGCAACAAAUUUGUAGAGAAUUUGAUCGGCUUCAAUUUGCGCCUAAUUUCAUCAAAAUCGGAUUGAAAUUGAGAAAGUUAUCAGACAAAAUGUGAGUCAAUGUCAUGAUAGACAAAGUUCUGAUCGCGAAUCUUGAUUUUUCGAUUUUGAAGUUUUCUAUGAGCUGUAUUGAAAUUCAUGACAAAGUAAUAAUUUCAUCGAAAUCGGAUUGAAAUUGAAAAAGUUGUCGUGAUAGAUAAAGUUUUGAUUACAAAUCUUGAUUUUCGGUUUGAAGUUUUCUGUGAGCUGUACCUAAUAUUGGGAUCAUGACAAAGUAAUGGAAUCGCAGAGAAUUCGAUCGUCUUCAAUUUCGGCCUAACUGAAACUUCUAGGAAUUCAUAAUUAAAGUCUUUUCUUCAAAUAUAACAAAUCUGGAGUCAAUCUGAGCCUCAGAAAUGGAAUAAUUAUGAAUUUUUUUAAAAAUCCUUGCAAAAUUCUUAACAAAUCAACUUUGGAAUUUUUUCAAAAUUACUUCCAGGAAUCUGAGCAACUUGGAACUUGCAGGAAUUCAUAAAUUAAAGUCUUUUCUUCAGAUACAACAAAUCUGAGACAAUCUGAGCCUCAGAAUUAGAGUUAUGAAUUAUUUUAAAAAUCCUUAAAAAAUUCUUAACAAAUCAACUUUGGAAUUUUUUCAAAAAUACUUCCAGAAAUCUGAGCAACUUGAAACUUUUAGGAAUUCAUAAUUAAAGUAUUUUCUUCAAAUAUAACAAAUCUAAAAUCAAUUUGAGCCUCAGAAAUGGAAUUAUGAAUGUUUUUAAAAAUCCUUGUAAAAUUCCUAACAAAUCAAUUUUGGAUUUU